CCCGAGCAUAGUCUCACUGAAAUCAGUCUGGGUAUCCUGUGUCAUCAAUAAAACUUGCGCCCCCACUCGGCUGUUCAAUCUGUGCAUCAUGUCAAUCUGUCAAUAUGGCUGAGCAGUCCUCUUUUGUCGGUGCGAGGUUAAGAGUGUCUUCAAGCGAAGGAAACUACGAGGGAACUGUUCACAGCAUCGACACUGAAAAGAGAAAGCUUACUUUAACUAAAGGUUAGAAGGUCUUUCAAUUUGUAUGCACUCAUAUGCUUCUUGUUGGUUUUUCGAGUCGCACACGGUUGUUACGAAAAUUUGUAAUGGUAAUCACGUUGGGUAUAUGUCGGAAGUGUAUGAUUGUCCAGUUUUUACUGUUUCUAACUCGAACACAUCACACAUUACUUGAAGAACCUUAAAAUCCAGGGUUUAGAAGGAUUGUGGGGCUUAUAUUUUCAAUUAUAUAAACGGGCGGCAGAUCAUCAUCUUCGAUGGUUUCACAGAACAAAUGCAAUGCAUUAGAAGUUAUUAAGUCCAGUGAAGUUCCUGGGUCUUCUUCUAUCUAAUAUAUCUACACAUAUAAUUACACUGUUGGCGGGUUUUUAAUUGAAAUAAAUUGGACGAGAAAACAUUUGGAAAUGCGGGUUAUUUUUAACAUCAUUGCAUGAUUCUAACGUAUUUUCAAUUAGCGACUACUGUACUAACAGCACUUUGCCCUGGUACAAGUGGUUAUUUACAAGGGCAACUUCAGAAUACCCGGCCACAAAUUUUCGUGUUAAAUGUGCUGUUACCGUGGCCCGCAGUUAUCAGCUGAUCCAUUGGGAACAAAGCCUCAUUUUUUAAGAAAUAUAUUUUUCGUUUUGACUUAAAUAAUAUGACAAACAGGAAAUCCACCAAGACAAUACAAUCUUUGUAUUAUACAACACUUGCUUUAUUGUUAGUUAUACGUUUACACAGUAAGGCUGACGUUGUUCUUUACUUGGUACAGCUUAAAUAGGCAACAAAGAAAUUGAUAUCACCUAUUCGGUCCAGGAUAUCAGAUUUAUAAUCACAGAAGGACCCAGUGCAAUUUGGUCUGUAAUCGCACCAGUGUGUAAACCAAUUUGGGAGUUCAAUUUGUAAUGUGAAAAAAGGCACCAAUGCGGGGCUUGGGUUGACAAAAUACAGUCAGUUGUAUGAAGUUGUCCACCAAAGAUUUCUGAUUACUCGGUUUCUUGCAAUGAAGCCUUGUGUAAGUCAGAAUACCCUUUCAGAUAGCAGAUAGUCAAUUGACACUCUUCCUCAAUUUGUGCGUCAACUUUCACAAAUGUUAAAAGGAGGUUGAGUUUGAUCGUCCAGGUGAACGUAGUCCUCAAUAGGACUGUUGUUGUUGACAGUGACUGACGUUUCGACAACCUGUGCAGUAGUCAUCUUCAGAGUCAAAGAGACUUUGAGUUUGACUCUGAAGAUGACUACCGCACAGGUUGUCGAAACGUCAGUCACUGUCAACAGCAACGGUCCUAUUCAGGACUACGUUCACCCGGAUGAUCAAACUCAACCUACUUUUGAAAUGACUCCUGGGUUCAAACCUUUCACAGUUUCACAAAAUAUGUGUUAGCGAAAAAUUUGACCAGCAUUUUGUGCAGCGAGUUGUAUGGUCACGAUUGACUUCAAACUUGCAGAUAUAGAACUAGAGACAGCUCUGAGGCUUAUUUGCUAAAGUAAGGGAAAAAUCUGUUGUAGGAUUCUGAAGCUAUUUACAUUUUUGGAAAGUUGAUAAGUUAGUUAGUUAGUUAGUUAUAACUUAGUUCAUUUCUCCUUAUGAAUAACCUUAAUUUUGUAGUCUACUCAAACUGCCCUUUGCUUGUUGUGUAUAUUUAAAAUACGGUUAAAUGUGCGCUAGACUCAAUCUGUAGCAAAGUCACGAGUCUGUUGGUGAAAUAAUCUACAAAUCUUACAUCUACUUUCUUUUUGGGGAGAAUGAACAAUAUCAGUUAGCAUGUAAACUGGCACAAAUCACACGCCAUACUUAAACCAUUUUUAGACAUUUUUUAAGUCAAACACAAGAAACUUCAAUCUAGAUUUUUACGUGAGCAACUCAUUGGUUGCCCCUAAAAUGUUUAAUUUGCACCAAAAGGAAACACAAUGUACAUGUCUGGGACUCUCUUCCCCAUCUUAAUGAGUUUUUUACCCCUACUCCCAGAGUUUGUAUGGACAGUGUACGCCGAUGUCACAACCAGAUUUUCUGGCACCGAUAGGUUUUCAAUUUCUAUCCCAUGAUAGCUAUGGGGCUCCGCUGUGUACGCUUUGCACACACAGACUUUCCGUUAUAAUGUAAAGUGGAUGUUAAUUAAUAAUAACUGUAAUUUGAUGAUUGUUUUUAGUGGUUUCCUGUAGUACAGGGAGAAGACUUCAUGGUUUUCAUCAUUUCUUUGGACAUGAACUGAGUAACGGUAAGUCUUGGAAAUCAAAGAAGGCAGAUCAACUACCUUUUAUUAUACUUAAUUAAUUAUUCUUAAGAUGUAAACAGGGUUCACACAGUCUUGAAAAGUCCUCGAAUGCCAUUUUUCCUUGAAAAGUUCUUAAAAUUCUGUGUAAGUCCUUGAAAAGUCCUUGAAUUUUCUUCAGUUUGAAUGUAGUGGCCUGGGGCCCGUUUCUCGAAAGUCCCGAUAAUUAACAGGCCCUGUAAGCUGUCUCCGUUUACAUUAAAGAUCAAGGUUUCAAUAGUUGUGUAUCUAGCAUGAUAAAACCAUCUGUUAGUGAAACAAAAUGGAGUAGUCUGCUAGCCAGGACCCACGCUCUUAUUCUUUAUAUUUCGAUUUGAAUAUUUGAUUUUGGGCCCGAAAAGUUACUGGGACUUUCGAGAAAGGGGCCCCUGGAAAGUGUGUUUUGAUGCUUUUUGGUUGUCCCAGAUAGAAUAUAAAAUCAUAACUGAUUUAUCAUAACUUAUUUACACAAAGUGUUCAAUAUUUUAUGCAGUAAUUAGCUAUCAGUUUAAGACAGGUGAACUGAAAAAUGUAGAGAAGUUGGUGAAGCAAACAGAAAAGCCUGAUUAUAAUACACUGGGAAUGUGCAUUUUUGUACAAUCUGUGAAAUUAUACUCCUAGUAGGUGGUCCUUAAAAAGUCGUUGAAGAAUGGUUGCAUUUUUUUGUAUGAACUGUGGUAAAAACUAACCUUAGUUCUUGGUUGUCUCAUUAUUGUUUGAUAGUGGAGUUACUGGAUCAACCUGAUGUUAAUUACAAUCAACAAACAAAGUGAGUAAAAGUCAUGUGUCUUUUAUUUGUUUGCUUGUUUGUUUGAAAACUUACCAGAGGUCAUUACCAUCUUACGUGUAAAUGAGCAGCUAGACCCAACAACAUACAACCCAUGACAUACAAACCAUGGUCAAUUUAAUACUAAAAACUUUUACAAGUGUAAUUUACAAGUGUAGCCAUCAUUUCAGAGUCCAAAAGUUAAAUCGCUAUACUUGUAAAUUACGCUUGUUAAAGUAUUAUUAAAUUAACCCCAGACCACCUCACGUCUGGUUAUGUCACCUGCACAUGUAGCGGUAGUACAAGAGCACAAUAAUGUUAAAACUUAACUGAAAUGAAAAAUAGUCUUCAGUUGUCGGCAAGUCUGUCAGCAAACAAAUUUCUACUUGUAGAUGUUGCAUAAGUUUCAUUCAUAUAAAUUCACCUGUGAAAAUUUUGACCAAUUGGGUUGGUGGGUCGGGAGGGGGUGUUUUGAGUGAGAGACUAGGUUGUUCCUGAGUGUGACCAAAAGUGGGACCAAGCAAAAAGCAAGGCUUAUGAAAUUUAUUUCCGAGAGUUUUGUCUUAAGUCGAAAACAAGAGACUUCAUUCGCUUUCCCGUGUUAAAUGAGCGCUUAUCUUCUUGCUGUAUGAACUCUUCAGGGUCCCCUUUGAAUUAUAGUGACUAGUAAGUAUUUAGCAGAUAAGGAUGAAAUGAUGUAAUCAUCUCCUAAGUCCUAUCAAAGAGGGUAGGGGAACGUGAGAGUCGCAAAUUGCAUAAUUUUGUAUAGAUUGUUUUCACUGUCACGCCAAAAAAAACAAAUUGGAAACUGUCCAGUGGAAGAAGCCAAGAAAAUGAGAUGCUAUAAAAGACUAAUAUUUAAACAAUUUGUCAAAGUCUCAUGUCUUAAUAAUUAAGACAUGCCGAUUUGCCGAAACAUUUCAUGCACCUUUGUAGAGCUUUGUAUGGAGAUGCCAUAUUGGUGUGCCGUUUUGGUCCACCAGUAUGGCCGCCAGAAAUUAACAAAAACAUCUGGAGUUCACGUUUUCUGUAAAAGCUCUUUCUUUUCACUCGAGAACUAGCAUACAUUGUACUUGCUGAAAAUCACAAGGAGAGAAUUUUUUUCAACAAGACAGCAUUCCUAUUUUGGUGUCACGCAUUGUGAAAACUUGGAAGUUCAAAUUGCUGUAUUUUCGAAAUGAAACAUCCUAUGGGAAAGGAAACUUGUACAAAGAUCUAUUUUUUGUUAUCUUCAACCUAGUGUAAAUAAGAAUUCGUAAAACCUCGCUAUUUUGACUUUACAAUUUGAUGACAUCACUGUGAAAACCAUCUAUAGGGAAUGUGAUAAAUUCGAGACUGCUUUCUGCUGUUUGGAAUGGGGACCAUAGAUCAAAGAACUACUUGUUAUAAAUUUAAAUUUUGUACUUUUCUUUUUUAGUGAGGGGAAAAAUGUUAUUACAAAGAAAGACGAAAGAGCACCUGAGGAAAAGCCAGAAAGCUCAAAUUCUCAGCAUUCAAGGCCAGCUGCUUACAAGCCAGAUGUAAAGUUCGGGGAAGGAAGAGGGCGAGGAAUCAGAAAAGCUUUUAAAGAUGCUGGUAUUGGGAUUAAUACAAAGCUGGGGCUAAAGAAAAUGGCAGUUUCUAGUGGGUCCUUAUCACGAGAUGUAAGUGACGAGGGUGCCAGUCUUCUGAAGAGACAACCAAUUGAAGCAGAAAAAUGUAAGUAUAUACUGUAAUGCUACAAAUUGUUAUUGUUGAAGAGGAGUGUCAAAGGGUGGCCACUUUUGUUCGAAUGUAAAUCCAUUUCCUUGCCUAUAAAUGUUGGCAGCUUUUCCAAAGCCUUAUCCGAUGGGCUAUCUGCUAACAUUUGUGGGUCAUGUUUCUUCUUUGUAACCUUGAUUCACUCCGCUGCAUGCCAUUUUCACCAGUUUUCUAAAGAGUCUAAAAUAAGAGUGCAAGUUAUUGUUAGCAAACUUUCCCUGCCCACAAUAUGAAGUUAAUAUGUCUUUCAAAAGUGCAUUUGUUUACAUUUUUGUCUUUAGAUCUAUCUGAUGUGAUAUCAGAUGAUGAUGAGAAGGAAAAUUUAAGUCCAGAUGACAUACCAUCAACUGUUGUUAUAGAUGCCUUUGGAGGACAGUUUGAAGAAGCAGUAAGAAUGGCUCUUGUAUAUAGUUAGUUAAUAAAACCCCUAAAAUACAGCUUAACCACUAUUCAGGGCUUGAAAUAACAACCAGUCAAUGGACCAUGUCCAGUCAAAAAUAGGCUUUGUCCGGUCAAAUCCUUGGAUGGCCGCACGUUUUGUCUACCUUUCUACGCUUCUUACACACAAUCCAGACCUUCACAUUUUAAAUGAUUGAUCGAGAUUGAACAUUGUUGGUGUUUGUUGUUGGUGAAGAAAAAGAAAGGGAAGGUGGGAAGAAAAAGGCAAACAGAUCAAGAACAUUUAUAACAGUUCAUUCAUUACAAGUUUUUGCUUUGUCUUCCAUGAAGUCGUCACUACAAAUUCAGGAGUAGCUUGUGUAGCAGUGUCAAGUAAUAUUAUAAUCCACAUGGAUUUUACUGUGAAGUGUGACCAGAUAAUCCUAGAUUAAAGACAUUUGUUUGGCCAAAAACGGGCUGUGGCCAACCAAAAAUAGGGUAUACCAGAUAACUUAACUGGCGCUAGCCGGGAAAUUGUUUCAAGCCAAGUACCGGUAGCUACUAGCUGCUACUAACAGCCACCACUCCAUAUAUUCAUUCUUGUAUCAUCCUCUUUACUAACAAUGGCUACCUCUCCGAACAACAACUCCAUAAAGUUGCAAAAUUUUACAGACGUUUAUAUGGUGGGGGGCAGGUUCAUACAAGAAAGCCUUGUCACAAAAGCCAUUGGAAAUUCAUUUAGAUUCUUUAAAUUUGUUAAGAUUCCAAUCCAAUACUUGUAAAUCAAUGAAGCACAAACUGAUGUACUCACUGUGCCUCAGACUUUUUGUUUUGUAACUUUUUUCCGAACAUUAUGGGUUGUUUUAUUGACUCUAUUUUGAUUAUGUUUUUUUUUUUAUUAAUAUAUGUUCUCACAAGCAUUUAUAAAUUAAUGUUCCACCCUUUUCUCCAAAAAUUGGUGUUACAUUACACCCUUUAGCUAUCUUCACAUAAUGGCCACCUUGCUACAAUAGUCAGUUUCAUGCAGUUCUGUCCCCAAAGUGGCUGUUUCAGAGUUCAAAUCCACUGUCAGUUUGGUCAAAAAACAAUUAACUUUUCUCAUUACAGUAGUACUACUGACACUAGCUGUAUGACACCCACUUAUAGAGGACAGUUUUCAGUGUCCCAAUGUAAUGCUCCUAUAGUUUCUCUUAUCAUUCUUAAAAAGAUAUUGUUCCUUCGUUGAUAGUGUUAGCAUCCCUUAUACUACCAGGCCAAUGUCAGUCAAAUAGCUUCAACCAGUAGAGGUGGUGGAAGAGUUGGCUUAAAAAGAAGGAAAAGAAAGAAGAUGAAUGAAAUAUUAUGUUUUGUUCAAGACAAAUAAACUCUAUAAUAUGUCUAUCACCUACAUGUAGAUUAUAACUGAUUACAGCACUUUUCUUCAUACAGGUGAAGUUCGUAAGUAAACAACGAGUCAUUGGAGUGUGUUGUGAAGGUGUCAAUCUUGGAAGAUUUGGAAAGCUUUGUUGGCUUGUGGUAGGUCCACCUAAAAUUUACCCCUAAUAACAGUCAGAAUUAUGAAUGCAAAGAAGAUCGUUGCGGUUAAAGACGCAACUUGCACAGUUGUGAAAAGAUACAGUGUAGCCUGAAAAAAAUUCAGGCUUUCCAGGAUUUGAACCCUGUCCUCUGCAAUGCCAGUGCACUGCUCUAACCAGUUGAGUUAUUGCAAAGAUCAGGGUUCAAAUUCCACCACGCCUGUAUUUUUUCAGGCUUUCUUUUUGCAACUUCAUAAGUUGUGGUAAUUUUCUUUGUAUUUAUUUCUUCAUUCCUCAGUUCCAUUUUAUAAAAUUUGGGUAUUCAUUGUUUCAACAGUCAGUAUCAUCUAACGUAAAACACAGUGUGUUAUUUUACCCUCCAAAUCACAACUGCGAUGCCUGAAAUUUUGGAAAUAAUGUGAUUUGGAAAAUGUUAGCAAGUCGGGUACCCCUUAGUAAAGGGAACUCUACUAACCAUGGUGUUAUACAAAAGUGACCAUUUUAGUGAAAGGUGUUGCCUAGUCCCUUAGACAAGUGAUUUUGUUUUUUUUUUGUCCUUUCAGAUUGGUUGUAGCAGGGUAAUUUACUUGUUUGAUGUCCUCACUCUUGGAGCUCCUUGUUUUGAUGAAGGACUGCAAGACAUUCUGGAGAGUGGAGAUAUACUCAAGGUAUAAUGGGGGAGGCAGUGUCAGUGGGAGAGUAAAGCACACGUCAAACUGCAGAGGACAAAACAGAGUGCAAAGAAAGUCGUUUCCGAUAGCCCGAGGUUAGGGGAUUUUGCUAUCGGGCUGGUGUUUUUUGUUCUAAACUUGCCCGACGGGCAAGUGCUGUCUUUUGGGGGAAUUCAAAUUGCAGAAGGAUUGUUAUCAAUCCUGCCAAUCAAAAAGGGUUUUGGGGCUAGUUGAAAUGACUUGAAAUGUGGGCUAGUACAUGCUAUCUACAGUUUGUCCGAAUGGCAGGCUGUAAAACUGACUUUCUUUGCACCCUGCAAAAGAAAAUACAGAAUAGCCAUAAAGAAGGAUGGAUGGGCAAAACUGAUGCAUCCUGUUUAGCUUAAAAGACAGGGCUUGGGCCUUUUUCAAGUUUGUCUCAAUUUGUACAAAGGAAAAACUUGUAGUGCUUGGUAUAAAUCAACAGUAUUUUUAUAUGCGUGGCAAUGACCUUUAAAAGGGACUUCUUCCAUCAGUUUGUAAAUUUAAGGUCACAUGUAACGAAGAAUGGGCAAAAUUAUAAAACUUAACCUUGACCUAUCCACUUUAGGUUGUUGUCUGCUGUUUAGCUGUAAGGAUUCAAAUGUUUAAAGCAUUGUUGUGUUUUUCUCUACUGUGUGUAGGUAAUUCACGACUGUAGACAAGUCAGUGAUGCAUUGUAUCAUCAAUAUCGUGUUCGACUUGUGAAUGUGUUUGACACUCAGGUACAUUUGAUUUUCUUUCUUUUUAAGAAAUUUAUUGUUGCCGUAGGAAACAGCUUAUUCAUUUUCUUUUGAUAUUUUUUUUGCAACACAGUUGUUUCAAAAAUGUAACUAUUGAUAUUUGGGAUCAUUAUACGUUUCUGGAGAACUGUUCACCUACCCCUCCCCUAAACUAACACUAACUCUUACUUCUCACUUAGGGAAAAAUGUUGACUUAGGGGAGUGGUAGGUGGGCGGUUUUCCAGAAACUUAUAAUGGGUCCUGUGCUGCCCACCCAUGGUUUGAAUUUUUGUGUGAAAAUGUUGCUUAGUCAGUAAGCCUUGCUCAAUACACAAUGAAGAACAAUUUAAGGUCUGCCGGACAGCAACCCGAUCCUGUGAAAUCCAGUGUGCUCAGCAUAGAUUUUUAUGAAAAAAUUACAAUUUCGUGGUCGCUUAAUACAAGGGCAAAAGUAGGUCUCGACAUUACUCCACGUAAAACUCUGUGUCGCCAAUCGACUUUCAGAGAAAAAGGACUGCAAGUUGCCACAAGUACUGCCAUCAAACGGUUACUGGUCGUUUCGAUGCAAGUUUACUCAGUCGAGUUGUAAAUAGUUCCAGGUACUUGACCUAAGAAACGAAGAAUAUUAACCCCAAUUUUUUUCUUGUUCACGCGCAUACUAUAUUCGAAGUGAAGGAAAUUUUUGUGCAAUUUCACUGCUUGAGUUCAUUUCGAAACGAUCGGUUUACCCAUAGAACAACUCUAGCCUGAGAAAACAACCGACAUUUCUUGACGCCACCUCUGGUUUCCCCACGAAAUGACGUCUGAGGAAUGAGCGGAGAAAUUCCCUUCUGACUGGUUGUGCGGCUUGGGAGCGAUUUGCUUUAACUAAUCAGAAGCAGUACCCAGAUUUUAACUCUGCCAUUAGACUUUUUGAUGAUGAUGCAUAGUUAUAUGGAACAAUCUGUUGUGAUGAAGAUGCAGCUGAUCUUCAGGAUGAUCUAUAUAGAUUAGACGCUUGGCAACAAAAGUGGAAGAUGAAAUUCAAUCCUUACCAUCCUUUAUUUUUUAGCGUUUUAAAGUUAACGUGAAGACCCCUGGAUGUUGGCUACAAAACAAUAUUUAGAUUUAGAGUUAGAGUUAGAUCUGGGUAAUGACACGUCAUCAGUAUGGAAUUUCUGCGCUCGUUUCUCAGACGUCAUUUGGCGGGGAAAUCAGUGGUAGUGUCGCCAAAUGUCGGCUGUUUUCUCAGACAAGAACAAUUCUGGCCUAGUGCAGAGUAGGACAGCCUUUCAGAAAUUCUCAGUAGUUCUUACUUUUGUUACUGUAUUUCUUCCCAAUACAGGUAGCAGAUGUCAUGAUUUAUAAGAAAGAGAAGGGAGGUGAACUACCGAGGUAUGCACCCACACAAUUCUGACUAACGGUUGUUUCGCUAAUGUCGUAAGUUAGGUGGCCUUGCUAACGUUUUUUACCAGACUUCAGGAUGCUGUUAUUCAUCACGGCAUGUAACGAACAACUCAUAACUUUACAUUGCUUCUUAUUUGUUAUCAAACUUUUAUGUACAUGUAUGUAUAGUUUUUAUUAAUUAGAGUUAACCAGAGAAAUGGGCGAGUUGCCGUGACACGUAGACGAACUUUACAAAACCCUCUCGCGUGGGGUACUAUUGAAAACGCUUUUUAUACCCAGGCCCAUUGAAGACUGAACCACCAUUUAAUAGGCCAUUCUGGAGUUCCCCUGGGCCUCUGUAUCAGAACGAGAUUAAGUGUCCAGCCUUUGAUAUGGAAAUGAUUUUUCCUUCUCAGGCAAAUAAAACUCAUUUUCACACGAAAUGUUGUGCACCUAGCCUCAUUUUGAAGGUGAGGGUUUUUAAAAACUCGGAAAUGGCCUGUUCGUUUUUAAGCCGUUUGCAGGACAAAGCCAGUGCCCUCUUCCUUGGUUAUUUAAGACCCUGUGUAUUGGCCGAACCCACAACCGUUCCCGCAGACUAGCACUCAACCGACUGUGCCACACCUACCUCAUUCUGUAAAUCACUUGGAAGGAAUUGGACUUCUAAUCACACAACACUAAGCUGUUAUUAAUAGCUUUUUUAUCCUGUACUUGUCUUGCUAGGUAUGUCAAUGGUAUUGUAGCGUGCUUGUAUGAAUACCUCAAUGUGUCACCUGAUCAAGUCAACUUCCAGAAAGUGCGGCUUCAGUACAUGCAGGUAUCUAAUGAUGUCUUGUUUAUCGAGAUAUGAGUAAGGCUUUGUUCACGCUAUACCGGAAAGCUUUCGGCACGAAAAGCGACCCGGUAUCGUUUGAACACCUUUUCGAUAUGUAACUCUCCACUUUAAAUAUCGGCGCUCCGUUAGAGAAAUCGCGUCGAAAUCAUCGUUCUUACGUGUAUAUAGUAGUAACAAAGUCUAAAUCAACUUUUCACUGUCCACCUUAAAGCCAGCGUUGUGACAUGAAAAAACAAGAAUUAAUUAGUUGAAUAACUGACAAUUAUUCUACCAGUGAGCAUUGGAUAUGAGAUGGUAGAUAGCCAACGAGUAGCGCCGAGUUGGCUCUAAUCAUCUCAUAUCUAACAAGCGCAAGUGGAAUAAUUGUUUUAUUUAAAAUGCCCACAAAAAAUCGAGAAUUCUUCUCUCUUACUUGCUUAUUAUAAAAAGGUUUCUGUUUCUGUUUUUGUCCAUAAGUUUUUCAUAACGGCUGGGCGUCUUAUGUGAAAGGUCGUUAGCUUUAUCCGCAGGUGCUAGUUUGACGGCAAGGUAUUUUGACUGCCUUUUUUAAUACUUUUUUUGCAGAGGAAAGAGUCUGUUUGGGCAGAGCGACCAUCUCCAGCAGCUCUGGUGGAUGCAGCUGCAAGGGUAGGCCAUGAUACUUUAAUCUCGGGCCUGUUUUUUUCGCCUUGAAAUCACGCUGCUUUAAUAUCAAACAUGAAGUUAUGAGAACACUAUGUACAAAGAGGUCGUUAUUGAGAGAAAUAUGAGGGUCAAUUUUAAGCCUGGUGAGGUACAUGAUGAAGAUGAUUUUUCAGUCAGUGAUACUGGCGGCUCGGGGGAAACAAAAAGUCAAAUUCACUUUCACAUUUCUUGCAUUGUGGAUAUAUCGGUAUCCAGUCUUAGCCCGCUAGGGAAAACAUCUCUUGUUUGUCACAAGAACCUUGUGACCUUACCUCCCACGAGUCUUCUGUAGCUCAGUGGUAGAGCAUCUAAACUAGUACCCAGAAGGUCGUAGUUUCCGAUUUCCUCUUCUGAGCCGCCUGUGUCACGGACGGAAAAAGCAUCUUAUCUUUCUUAAGGUUGUCAUUGUUUAUCAAAUUUUCCUUACGUUGAAUUGCCCAUGGAUGGAGAACCCAAAAACUGGUAAAGUGUCCGUUUAUCUUGUUCUGUUAUCUUUGUGUGUCCAGCAUGUUAUGUACCUUCGAGAAUUACGACUUGCCCAGAUGGAGCGUUUGUUAGCUGAAUUUCUGUAUGGAGUCAAUAUAUACCUCAGCGUGGUUAGAGAUGCUAAGGAUAUCAAUCCCAAGGUACGAAGCUGCGAAAUAGUUAAAGGACUUCUUGUCUAAGGAUAACUGGGAUACUACGUUAUCUGCACCCUGUUACCCUUCUCCCCUCGCCCCCCUCCCCCAUCGUUUUCUGUUUCGACCUCGGUUCAGCUUUCGCGCGGCUGUAACACUUACUCUGCGAACCACAAAUGAAAAAGCACACCAAAAAACCGCCAGCUACGGAGGCUAGUUAUAUCGAGGUAAGUACAGAAAUACGAAGGAAAAUGCAGUGCUUAGUGGUUUUUUGUGUCAUCGGUAAGGUAAUGUGUCAACAGGAAAAAAGGCCAGUGAUGCCAUCAGAAUAUGGAAUAAUGAAACGAUAAAGGAAAUACUAGACACCAAUAUAAUGCGAAACAUUUAUCAGUUUUCCCAAUUUUUAAAAUGAUAAAAAUGCUUUCAGGAAAUAAAAAAAAAUCCAGAUGACUGCUGUAGGCAUGUGCGUAUGUGCGUAUAUGGACGCUACGCUGCUGCACUGGCCAACCUUUUUCCCGCUGUUGUUGACGCGUUCACUACAUUCACUAUAUUAGCGCUCCGUUUUUGCUCAUGUUUAAGGCCACUUUUAAAAGUUAUUGUCAUCAUCUACUCCUAGCUAAAUAUGACAACCCACCGCCAUGAUUAACCCGUGCUAAUAGGAAUUAACUGAUCGAAGAUGAACGAUAAAAUGUACACGUUUACGGGAAACGUCAGUCUGUACUACAUGUACUUCUCGUUUACUGUUCAUUAUAGCUACACAGAAAAUAAGUACUUUCAUGUCCGGUUCAUCGGUAAGAAUCAUAUUAGACAAUUUUAUCUCCUCAUUUUCUUAUUAUAUGUGAGAAUUUGUGAACUUUAAUAUGACGUUUACCGUUUUCCGUAAAAGCGAAUUUAGUGGAGAGAAGAUCUUUUACUUCUCAGCUACUUUUAGUUAUCUCUUCGACUGACUGUGUAUUUUAUCCAGACACUUUGAUCACUGUCACCAGACAUAUUGAAAUAAUGGCCUCUGUCAGAAUCCAACCCCAACAACUUGGUCAAGCUGUUUUGAUCCCUCAAACAGUUCUUCACACUCGUUACCGCUUUGGGUUGAUUUGUACUUCUGGAUUCAAUUACUCAUCUUUUUAGAAAAUAUAUGAAAUAAAUCGCCAUUUGAACUGCGGAUAAAGUUAUGAAAGUGAACAUGAUCUUCGCAGUAGAAUGAACAACCUAAGCGGUUUCGUGCGGUCAAUCGCAAAGGACAGGGUUCGAUUCCCGUUCAAGCCCGAAUUUUUUCAGGCUCUUUUUCAACCCCUUAGGUUAUUAAUUCUACUGCGAAUAUCAUGCUCACUUUCAUAAUUUCUUUUUAUGUCGUUUAUUUUUCUUACCAGAUGAAAGGUCAGUUGCUUCCUUCAAAAUUCCAUUCACUGAACCAGUUUAGCUACCGUCAGCGCGCGAGACCAUACGACGGAGACUUCAACGAGGACGCGAUUAAUGGAGUCCCAGAGGACGUACUAGCUAAUCGAGAGGCCUGGAACGAAGGACAAGAAUUCGCAGAUAAGUACGAGAACAAGAAAGGACGGGUAAAAGAGAGGAAACUCGGCCCAGCUCCUAGCGCUGUGUCUAGGCUGCGACAGUCGUUGCCAGAUAUCGCCAGUGGAAGUGAUUCAGAAGCAAGCAAUGCAAGUACAGAGGGGAAUGGCUUCACGAUGAAGCCACUUGCACAAGAUCUCCAAGAAGCCGUGGCAGCUCGGCCGAGUGUCAAGUCUACCCCAGUUACGGUCCCAUCUCUUCCUCCACAAACACUCUUCACCGAGUACGACUUUCCACCGCUAAGCAGUUCAGAGUCUGAAGAGCCAGGAUCUCCGCCGCGACCAUCUGCCAUGACGAAUGCCAGGAAGCAACAAUCCCGUAAUUUGCAAACGGAGAUAGGGCCAGCAACCAAUGGCGUCUUAGCCAGGGAGCCUGGGUUCGCAAAUGCCCCUGGAGCAGAUCGAGUCUCCCCACAUCGCGCCAGUGCGUUAUUAAGAGAGACAGCUGUUUUACCUGGUCGCGGGCGGGCAGGAGCUUUGUUACGUCACGCAGCUAUGCCGGCCCUUCGUUUGCCCGCUGAAGAUGCGCCAUUCGGUGGUGGCUACGAAAUGACAAGGAAUCAAUUUCCGUUCCCAGCUGAUGACGAGUUACUUGCUGCGCCUGAGAUUAUUCCCAUUCCCAGGCAACAGAUGAGCGGAGGAACUCAAGUUAGAAUCAGACAAACCUGA